GGGGAGGGGCGCCUAAUCAGUGCUGUUCCUCUGUUAUUGAUCAUUUCAUGCACAAACAGCUGUUAAAUAGCCUACAUAAAAUGCUGACAAUGCAUACACUGCAUAGCUACAUACUUUUGCGCCACUGCCUGGAUUAAUGGAGAUAUAGUGAAGUUCUGGAGCAAUUCUUAUUUAUCGGUGCCUUUUAGAGGGGUAUCUUAAAAUAGAUUUCCAGUAGUGACUUUCUUUACGGAAUCUGUGGUUAAACCUAUACAAAACGUACGAAGAAGUCAUGACAUCAUUGUCUUGGACUUCUCCAAAAUCUUUAUAAUCGUGGUUCAGAAUAAUUUGAGGAAAGAAAAUAGAGAAAACCCCCAUGUCACAUCUUUCUGGCUUUAAGUAAAUAGAAACAGUUUUAGGAUGCAUGAUUGGCGCAAAAUUGGGAAGUUUGUCUCCUUUUAUUUUGAAAGAGUUCUACUCCAAACACGUCCUGAGCUUCUUCCGGGUGUCGCGCUGAAUUCUCCCGUUGCCAGGUCGGAAUUAAAGUGUUCCCUCUUUUGACAUAUUUUUAUUUAUUUAUUGCCACCUCUUGGGGGAAUUCGAAUCGCACUUAGAAAAGAUGUAUCAGAGUGGUUUUCAAGGUUUCCAGGAAGUGAAGAACGAGUACAGUCCAUGGGACGAAGCAGCAAAAAUAAUCCAGCGGGCCUGGAGAAGACAUGCGUGCAAAAAAGUCUUCAGGAAUGUUCAGAAGAUGAUCGGCCAAUGCUAUCAGCAGGAUCCCAGCUUACUUCUCCGAACCGUCAACCCUCAAGAGGCAGAGCUGCUUGACGCUGCGGCAGGCGUAUACAUCCAAUUUCGACUAGGAGGGGUCAGUUUUCCUCCCCAGAUCUACUACAAGAUCUUCACCUACCGGCCCAUUGUGGAUAUAGGAGCAAACAGCCCUAAGGACUACCAUCAACUCCAGCGCAUGAAGUAUUUAACUGAGAAGAGAGAUCCGACUCUGCAAUCGACGGACAGAACGGGCUGGUACCAACGUGUGGAGAACAACAACUGGAGGCUCUUCAGUUGCAAAUCCAUUAUCAAAGAAGAACCCAUAGACGGUUUUGUCACCAAAAAAAUAGACUUUCAUCCGUCGAAGAUGCAGCGGAUACAGGAUGUGAGGAAAUGGAAGAAAAGGAAGAAGAUUGAGUGGCUGAAGCGGAUGUACAAGGAGGGCCGAGAGGAGGCUCUGGAGGAGCAGUCCGAUCAGUCUGACUUGCUCACAAUGGAGAGGAAAACAAUGAAGGAUGUAAUGAGCUCCAUUGAAGACAAAGGAGAAGAUGAAAUAUUGGAUUGGGAGCUGGACGAACAUUUGACCUGGACAAACAGCUUCAACUUUGAGGAGUACAUGGAAGAGUGGAUAAACCAGGCCUGCAAUAACACGUCUGAGCAGAACAAAGAUCAUCCAACAUCAAAGUUCAAUCUCCGGUCUACAAGGUACAAGGAGGGCCGAGAGGAGGCUCUGGAGGAGCAGUCCGAUCAGUCUGACUUGCUUACAAUGGAGAGGAAAACAACAAAGGACGUAAUGAGCUCUAUUGAAGACAAAGGAGAAGAUGAAAUAUUGGAUUGGGAGCAGGACGAACAUUUGGCCAGGACAAACGGCUUCAACUUUGAGGAGUACAUGGAAGAGUGGAUAAACCAGGCCUGUGGUCUCACAUCUGAACAAAGCAGAUCGUCCAACAUCAUCGCCGAUGGUGACUCGCGUUCGUAGCUCCAGUAACGUAGGUCAAACAAAAUAAAAUUAAGAAUGGCAACUGUA